GGUCACUAAAGUCUGUUUAAAUGAGGAUUGAACAGGUGCGGAAUGUUUUUUUUUGUUCGCGUUCUUCUAAUUCCGAUCGUACGUUACCGACUUUAUUUGCGUUGGCAUUUACGAUGUUUCAGUUUCUCUUAUUUUCUCCUACGUGUGUGGCAUUGCCGAACCUGAGUAUAAAAAGACUGGCCGUUCGUGUUCCAGAAGUCACAUCACUUCCAGCAACAGCAAGCGCAAGUUGAGACAAUCAUGGCAAUCCGUCGAUCCUUCCUGGUGUUUUGCCUUUUAUUGGCAACUGCUGUCGCAGAUCUCGGCCGCGUGAAAAGAUCCCCGGAUGGACAUCAUGGACACCACGAACAUCAUCACGAUCAUGCACAUGGUGGUGGGGCACCAGUGCACAGCCCGGGUGCGGGAGCUUCGGCUUUUGGUGGUCAUACAGCGACUCACGAUAUGCAACCACCUCAAUUUUUUGAUCAAAUGCCUAAUUUUGCUCAAAUGAUGGCCUCAUCGUUUGAUGUCCAGCCUUCUGCACCCUCUUUUGAUGCCCAGCAAACUGCUCCAUCUUUUGAUGCGCCACAAGGUCCUCAAGGAUAUGGAAGUCAAGCGGGUUCUUUCGGUCCGCAAGCUCCAGCAUUUAAUCCCCCAGCUCAGGAGUUCGCUCCACCGGCUGAUCAGCCGCACCAACAUCAAGCAGCGCCUUCUCUCGAGCCUCCUACUCUAGUGUAUAAUCCUCAGCCUCCUGCCCCAGCGUUCAACGCUGAACCUCCUACCCAAGCAUUUAACCCUCACGCUGCAGCUCCAGUAUUUAACCCUCAGCCUUCCGCUCCUGAAUUCCAUUCACAGCCUCCAACUUCGUCAUUCAACCCCCAACCUCCUGCCCCAUCAUACAAUCCGCAGGCUUUUGCCCCAGCAUUCAACCCCCAACCGCCUGCCCCAGCAUUCAACCCCCAACCGCCUGCCCCAGCAUUCAACCCCCAACCGCCUGCCCCAGCAUUCAACCCCCAACCGCCUGCCCCAUCAUAUAAUCCGCCAUCUUUUGCCCCAGCAUUCAAUCAACAGCCUCCUGCCCCAACAUUCAAUCAACAAUCUGCUCCUUCACCGUACAAUCAACAGCCUCCUACCCCAGCAUUUAACCAACUGCCUGCUGCUCCAGUGUACAAUCAGCAACCUGCUGUUCCAUCAUUCAACCCUCAACCUGCUGCUCCAUCAUACAAUUCACAACCUCCUGCCCCAGCAUUCAACUCUCAACCUCCUGCCCCUUCGUACAAUUCACAGCCUCCUACCCCAGCAUUCAAUUCUCAACCCUCUGCAUACAAUUCGCAGCCUGCUGCUCCAGCAUUUAACGCACAGCCUAGUGCCCCAUCAAACUACAACCCUCAACCACAAUCCCCACCUGCCCUGCAAUCCUACCAAGCCCAACCAUCCUCUUUCGGUCCUCCUGCUCCCCAAUAUAGUCCUCCUGCUCCCGAAUACAACUCACCAGCACCUUAUUCACCUUCAGCUCCAUCGUACGAGGCUCCACAAGAAUCGUACGAAACCCCCCAACAAUCUUACGGAGCUCCAAAAGCCAAGAAACCCAAGGGCCAUUACGGCGUUCCAAAAGCCCCCAAAGCCCCUAAAGCUAAGAAACCUCACUCGGGAUACGGCGUUCCUAAGGCUAGCAAGAAACCCAAGUCCAGCUACGGAGCUCCUCAACAAUCCUACGACUCUCCAGCUCCUUCCUACCAAGCCCAGCCUCAAUCUUAUCAAGCCCAGCCUCCCUCUUACCAAGCCCCAGCCUAUUCUGCUCCGUCUUCCGGCUACGCUCAACAAGCUCCUCAACAAUCAGCUUACCCACCUCAAUCCCGAUUUCAACAACAAGGUUAUGGUCGCUAAACGUUAUGUGAGUUUGCUGGUUGACACUCAGAAUCGUUAUGAAAGCUUUGCAAUUUUUCGCAUUUUGUUAUCUUUCUUCACUCAACAACGUAGUCCUCUUUUCUCAAGCACUUUAGUUAUUGUUACAAUACAAGUGUUAUUUUCGCUUAA